UGGCUGGUGCCUGUUGUGCUCCGCUGUGCUGCUGUCCCCCACGUGUCCUCACUCUGUGCUGCUUUCCUCCUCAGAGGCGAUCCAGACAAAUGUGACAUCUGGGGGAACACCCCGCUCCAUCACGCCGCCUGCAACGGCCACAUCCACUGCGUCUCCUUCCUGGUCAGCUUCGGAGCCAACAUCUUCGCCCUGGACAACGAGCUCCGCACGGCGCUGGAUGUUGCUGCCAGCAGAGAUCGCCACGAGUGCGUCCGGCUGCUGGACAGAGCCGCCACAGAGCAGAACGUGGCCAACCCCAGGAAGGUCUCCAAACUGAAGGCGCAGGCCCAGAGGAACAUGGAGAAACAGGUCAAGGAGUGCGAGAAGCGGCAGGAGAAGCACCAGCAGGAGAUGAACAGGAGCUACAUGAAGGAGAAGGUCGGCUCCGUGGCCUCCUCCAGAGGGACUCACUCCAGGGUGAAGCUGCCGACGAUCUUCACGUCAAACACAGCGGCUCCUUUCUCCAAAAACCUGAAGGACACCUUCAAACUGAAGGCAAAAAGGGCGGCCGGCAGCACGAGAAGCCAGGAGCCACAGAGCAACGGGCAGGCAGACGGAGGGGAGCGGGGGAGCGUGAUGCACCUGUUUGACGAGAGGGAGGAGGACGACUUAGCGGACAACGAUGGGCAGCUCUCCAUUUUCACACGGCCAGGUCUCGGGAAGAUCGUGUUUGGAAGGAAUUUGGCUGCGGAUGUGGAUCCUGGGACCGUGUCUUCCCAGAAAGAAGGAAUCAGCUUUAAAAUGUCCAGUGAGCUCUUCCAGCAGGAAGGUGCCGAUGGCAGCUCAGAGGGCGACGCUGGAAGCAGCGCCGAUGUCCCCUGGCAGGAAGAGGAGCUGCUGUGGGACGAUGAGGAAGCAGACAGCACCCCCCUGGAGGUGUUCCUGGCCUCACAGAUGCUGGACGAGUUUCUGCCCAUCUUCAUGAGGGAAAAGAUGGAUCUGGAGGCCCUGAUGCUGUGCUCUGAUGAAGACCUACAGAGCAUUCAGGUGGAGCUGGGGCCAAGAAAGAAAGUCCUGAGUGCUGUGAGUAAAAGGAAACAGGCGUUCCAGGACCCCGGAAAGACUGUGGAUACGUGCCUGUAGAACAGCACCCACUGCUGCCUGCACCGAGAUCAAUUCAGUGCAGCACGCGGCUCUGCUCAGACCAGCACUAAGGCCGGGAGCAAACCGUGCCUGCACGGAGCCGUGCAGCUGCUGCGGGUGGUGGCUGCGCAGCGCGGGGUGCGGUGCAGAUUUGGGCACAUUCUGCCACAAAAAGAACGUGACAGAAAUUGCCAAAGGCACCACCAGGGCUUGUUCUGCUGCUUCCAUGGCUGGGGUCCCUGGUGUGACAGAGCUGAGCUUAACAAACCGCCCCCUUCUCCUGCAGAACCCACCGAGCACUCCCAGAGAUCAGGGCUCCCAGCUUUACCCCCCUCCCCGUGUCACAUCGCUGCAAACUGCUCUUCUCGGUGCUAGAAUAAAAUCUGCUCUUGGCUCCAGCUGCA